CGCGUUCCGACGCUGAGAUCGACGAGACCUCCGCAUCGUACAUAAAAACAAUAUCCCCUCCAAGAUAGCUAACCAGCUUCCCCUACUGACGGACUCAUCUCUCAGCUACUUCAAUCGAAGGUGCAGCGAUCGAUAUUCAGACAAACUAAACUCGUUGGAACAAAAGAAGAAGCAGUCUUCUUUCCCACCUCCCCCACCACCCUACUAGACAAGAUCCAACCUCCACCCAUUGCUCGCCGUAUGCCGGCCCCCUCAUCCUCUACGCAAGCAAUCCAGCGCCUAUCAACCCUCUCCUCCCAUCUCGAGCCGUCUCCCGCUUCCGCGACCUCAAACCUUCCCACAAUGUCCACCGCCGCUCGCCCCCCCAUAACCUGCCACGUCCUCGACACCACCAUCGGCCGCCCCGGCGCCAACAUCCCCGUAACACUCACGCUCGUAUCCCCACCUGCAGCAGCAAUUGCCUCCUUCGCCUCCGUCACGAACUCCGACGGGCGUGUCACAGCGUGGAAACCCUUAUCAGACAGCCAAACCCCCGAUCUCGCAACUCUCUUCCGGGAGCCGGCCGAGCAGGCGUGGGCACUGAAGUUCGAUACUUUGCAGUACUUCAAGGAAAAGGGGGUGGACGCGUUCUUCCCGGAGGUGGAGAUAAAGUUUGUGGUGCGGAGCAAGGAUGAGCAUUAUCAUGUGCCUGUGCUUUUGGGGCCGUUUGGGUAUACGACGUAUCGGGGGAGUUGAGCGGGGGAUGGUACUGAUAGGGGCACUGGACUGUAUGAGUGGAUUGGGGUUGGGCGUUUAGGGCCGCGUUUAGAUCGGUAGGCAGGGGACAAGACGGAAAGGAUGAAUAUUAAGAGCGAGGUCACGAUAUCUGAUCGCGUCACGGGCGUACGCAUAUGUGAGAAUAGUGCUGAUGUGCACGAUGCGGAGGCUCUCUGAGUUCUACCAAAACCAUGUUCUCAUAGCUAUUAAUUAUAAGACUUUCGUUUCCAGUCGCUUUCUCAUCUGUUUCCUUGCUCUUCUCACACUGCCAUUCCCAACUCCUCUAUCCCAGUAGAUUCUGUGCAUGAGAAGCAUAUUAGAUGUAUUUGAAGAA